AUGUCUGCCACUGCCGUCAGUAGUUAUUACUUGUGGAUGGACUAUGGUAUAGAGUUUUUGAAACACCACUCCGUCACCAUUUUCCUGUCACCAUGGAUCUUGGCUACAAUGUUUACGGAAACUUUUUUGAUUCGACCGACAGUGAAGUUUCUGCAGCGAGAUCAUUUCUGGGAUAUAGAAACUGCCUCCAAGUCCACGCGUGUGGAAAUAGAAAGAAGUAUAAAAAUCAAACGUAUCGAGACCAUCUGGUAUCUGAUCCAGUGUAUGAUAACAGGAUUUUUAUGCCCACUGAUUGCUCAAAUUUUUGGGCACAUCGUUUAUUCGGACAUAACAUACGUGACUGAAUACUAUUCAGGAUCUACAUUCUCGAAAGUCAUAUUUUGUGGAGUUCUACAUAUAGCGCAUCAAAUAAUCACAUUUUAUUCGAUUUCGUCAUAUAUGAUGCUGAAAUACAUAGUACAAUCUGUAAUCAUCCAGUUGUAUAUUUUAGCCGAUUUCCUGAGCCAAGCUGACGAUUAUGAAAAGAAUGAUUGUUCGUCGAUACGGGAACAUCUGAAAAUCUGCGCCUCUCAUCAUAUAAUUAUUCUGAGAUUGAUGAAAAUUGUUCAGGAUGUUUGUUAUUGCCCUAUUCUAUAUUUGUUGGUCUGUGGACAACUUGUUCUCUUAUGUUGUUCAAUUUUUUUAUACUACCAUUAG